AAAAACUAAAAAAGACUGGAACAGUCCAGAGUUUUAAUCAAAGAAGGUGGCGUUCAGUUGCUGCCCACAAUAGCUGAUACCCAGGGUUUGGAGAUGUAGCCGAUGAGGUCGUUGCUGGUAGUCCGUUAUUGACUAUGUCGAUAGUAAAUGGGAAGUCUGCCUAAGCACAGAGUGUCUAGUCCACAGACAUCAGAAGCCUGAUAACAGGGUGCGGUGUGGCCCCUUGAGGAGACGGACUUAAACCAUUGGACACUGGGUUUAUGAAAAAGUGAACGUCAUCCCACUUAUUGCCGAGAGCAGACAUGCUCACACCAGAGGUGUGCCAAGGGUUUAAAAAACAGAUAAAUCCAAGCACAUAAAAAGAAAACCUACGAAUUUCCAGAAGCAGAAGGUGGAGAAGAAGGAAAGCUUUGUUAACAACCCAAAGGACUGUUUACCUCUCGCUAUGGCAGGGCGUGAUGACGUGAGAGGAGUUAACUGCAGAAGGGUCAGAGGAAGGCGGCAUCCUUGCGUGCUGCUGGAGCUGAGAAUGGUGAUGUUUGAGGUUUUGCAGUUCUAAGAAGUAGGUUGACAACACGUGUGCAAGGCUUGAAAGAUGUCACUGAUCACGUAUGCCCAGACGCGUGCAGAAGCAGGAAACGACAGCUGUGUCUGUUAGUGGAGCGGGCAACAAGAGCAAAGGGCAGCCUACCCAGAGCUCUCGGGGCAUGAGUGGAAGGAGGGAGAGUGUGUGGCUAAAGGUGAAGGAGCUGCAGGUGCAGCAGGUGUUUGAGAUGAGAGCCGGAGAAAAAGGUCGAAAACCGAAGGACUCUGAAGCUGAGCUCCAGCAGUGCCACGAGCAAGUGAAAGACUAGAGGAGAAAGAAUUAGGGGGGGAAUGUCGUCGGUUUGAACAUGAGAACGCACACUGGGAGUCCAUCAACAACACGUUUUAGAGUAACCUGACUCUUCCAGAACCCUGGGAAAGAACAAGAGGAAAGGGAAGCUCUUUUUAAGCUUUCUGUUGGCCACCAAUUACAGGAAGGCUGUGAUCCAUUUCUAAAUAAGUUUUGUGGAUCAUAUGCAGUAGGGGUUAAAGGUCAUUUAUUUCCCUAUACGGAGAGCCUCUGUUGAAAAGACUGUCUUUUGCUGGGUGAAUUCUGUCAGUACCCUUUUUGGAAAUCAGUUGACCACAUAUGUGCAGGUCUAAUUCUAGACUCUCACUUCUUUUCCCUUGAGCUGUAUGUCUGUGUUUGAGCCAACACCACACUGACUUGUUGGCUGAACCUUUAUAGAAAUUCUUAGGCCAGAGGGUCUCAGUCUUCCAACUUUGUGAUUCUUCCAAAUUGUUUUGGCUCUUCUAGGUCUUCUUUUCUGUAUAAACUUUCAAGUUGGCUUGAUGGUUUCUACAAGGAAGCUUCCUGGGAUUUUGAUGAAGAUUACAUUGAAUUUAUGGACCAGUUUGGGCACAGUGGAUAUCUUAGUGUUGAGUGUACCAGUCCAUGAACAUGGUUCCCUGCCAGAGGCCUGCGCUCACUCCAGCCCUCGCGCCCCACCACCAUCGGCCGUCCGCGGAGAAUACAGAUGCUGGCCGCUCCCCGGGGGUGUCGCUGUGCACAGAGGUGAGCCCAGGCCAGCAUGGGGGACUCCAGGGACCUUUGCCCUCACCUUGACUCCAUAGGGGAGGUGACCAAAGAGGACUUGCUGUUCAAAUCUAAGGGAGCCUGUCAGUCGUGUGGUGUUACUGGACCGAACCUGUGGGCCUGUCUCCAGGUCUCCUGCUCCUAUGUUGGCUGCGGAGAAUCCUUCGCUGACCAUAGCACCAUUCACGCUCAGGCAAAAAAGCACAACCUGACAGUGAACCUGACCACGUUCCGGGUGUGGUGUUACGCCUGUGAGAAGGAAGUGUUCCUGAAGCAGAGGCUGGCAGCACCCCUGGCGGGCCCCUCGCCCAAAUUCUCGGAGCAGGACCCUCCGCUGCCCUUGCACCCUCUGAAAGCUGUCCCUAUUGCCGUGGCCGACGAAGGAGAGUCCGAGUCAGAGGAUGAUGACCUGAAACCUCGAGGCCUCACGGGUAUGAAGAACCUCGGCAACUCCUGCUACAUGAACGCCGCCUUGCAGGCCCUGUCCAACUGCCCUCCGCUCACCCAGUUCUUCUUGGAGUGUGGAGGCCUGGUGCGCACAGACAAGAAGCCAGCCCUGUGCAAAAGUUACCAGAAGCUGGUCUCUGAGGUCUGGCACAGGAAACGCCCAAGCUACGUGGUUCCCACCAGCCUGUCUCACGGGAUCAAGUUGGUCAACCCGAUGUUCCGAGGCUAUGCCCAGCAGGACACCCAGGAGUUCCUGCGCUGCCUGAUGGACCAGCUGCACGAGGAGCUCAAGGAGCCCGUGGUGGCGGCCGCGGCGGCACUGGCCGAGGCCCGGGACUCAGACUCGAGCGACACGGACGAGAAGCGCGAGGGUGACCGGAGCCCGUCCGAGGACGAGUUCCUGUCCUGUGACUCGAGCAGCGACCGGGGUGAGGGCGACGGGCAGGGCCGUGGCGGGGGCGGCUCGCAGGCCGAGGCGGAGCUGCUGACCCCCGACGAGGCGGGCCGCGCCAUCUCCGAGAAGGAGCGCAUGAAGGACCGCAAGUUCUCCUGGGGCCAGCAGCGCACCAGCUCGGAGCAAGUGGACGAGGACGCCGACGUGGACACGGCCAUGGCCGCCCUCGACGACCAGCCCGCAGAGGCCCGGCCGCCGUCGCCGCGGUCCCCCAGCCCCUGCCGGACCCCAGAGCCGGACAACGAGGCCCACAUGCGCAGCGCCUCCCGCCCCUGCAGCCCCGUGCGCCACCACGAGGGCCACACCAAGCUGGCCAGCAGCCCUCCUCGGGCGAGCCCCGUGAGGAUGGGGCCGUCGUACGUGCUCAAGAAAGCCCAGGUACUGAGUGCCGGCAGCCGGAGGCGGAAGGAGCAGCACUACCGCAGCGUGAUCUCCGACAUCUUCGACGGAUCCGUCCUCAGCCUCGUGCAGUGUCUCACCUGUGACCGUGUGUCCACCACGGUAGAGACGUUCCAGGACCUGUCGCUGCCCAUUCCUGGCAAGGAGGACCUGGCCAAGCUGCACAUCUACCAGAACGUGCCAGCCAAGCCGGGCGCCUGCGGGGACAGCUACGCCGCCCAGGGCUGGCUCGCCUUCAUCGUGGAGUAUAUCCGGAGGUUUGUGGUAUCCUGUACCCCCAGCUGGUUUUGGGGGCCGGUCGUCACCCUGGAAGACUGCCUUGCUGCCUUCUUCGCUGCUGAUGAGCUGAAGGGCGACAACAUGUACAGCUGUGAACGGUGUAAAAAGCUGCGGAACGGGGUGAAAUACUGUAAGGUCCUGCAGCUGCCCGAGAUCCUGUGCAUCCACCUGAAGCGCUUUCGGCACGAGGUCAUGUAUUCGUUCAAAAUCAGCAGCCAUGUCUCCUUCCCCCUCGAGGGACUUGACUUGCGUCCAUUCCUUGCCAAGGAGUGCACGUCGCAGAUCGCCACCUACGACCUCCUCUCUGUCAUCUGCCACCACGGCACAGCAGGCAGUGGCCACUACAUCGCCUACUGCCAGAACGUCAUCAACGGGCAAUGGUACGAGUUCGAUGACCAGUAUGUCACUGAGGUCCACGAGACGGUGGUGCAGAACGCCGAGGCCUACGUCCUCUUCUACAGGAAGAGCAGCGAGGAGGCUGUGCGGGAGCGGCAGCAGGUGGUAUCCCUGGCCGCCAUGCGGGAGCCCAGCCUGCUGCGGUUCUACGUGUCCCGGGAGUGGCUUAACAAGUUCAACACCUUCGCGGAGCCGGGGCCCAUCACCAACCACACCUUCCUCUGCUCCCACGGAGGCAUCCCGCCCAACAAAUACCACUACAUCGACGACCUGGUGGUGAUCCUGCCCCAGAACGUCUGGGAGCACCUCUACAACAGGUUUGGGGGCGGCCCUGCCGUGAACCAUCUGUACGUGUGCUCCAUCUGCCAGGUGGAGAUAGAGGCACUGGCCAAGCGCAGGCGGAUUGAGAUCGACACCUUCAUUAAGCUCAACAAAGCCUUCCAGGCCGAGGAGUCCCCCAGCGUCAUCUACUGCAUCAGCAUGCAGUGGUUCCGGGAGUGGGAAGCCUUUGUCAAGGGCAAGGACAAUGAGCCCCCCGGGCCCAUUGACAACAGCAGGAUCGCCCAGGCCAGGGGAAGCGGCCACAUUCAACUGAAGCAGGGAGCUGACUAUGGGCAGAUUUCGGAGGAGACCUGGGUCUACCUGAACAACCUGUAUGGCGGUGGCCCCGAGAUCGCCAUCCGACAGAGUGUGGCCCAGCUCCAGGACCCAGAGAGCUUACACGGGGAGCAGAAGAUCGAAGCCGAGACCCGGGCAGUGUGACUUGGUGGGCCAGUCUGCCCCUGCCUUCGCCCUCCUCCCGGCAGAGGGCGCGUUUGUACCCCGAAGACGGGCCGGCCACUUUGGAAACCCAGAUGUGUAAAGAGGAAGAAAAGUUGUUUCGGUUCAAGCGAGUCGUGCCACAACCGGGAAACGCAUCCACCGCGGGCUGUUCAAACGGCCGAGGCUCGGCGACAUUCGUUAACUUGGGUGUCCAUCCCCGUGUGCCACAAGCGUUGUGUCCCCAACCCGCCCUCCGCUAACUCGGGCCCAGCUUUUGUCCCUGGGGCUCGCAGUCAGGGACCGUGGCCGUCCAGCACCCGGACUCACAGCCCAGAGCUGGGGAGCAGGGUGCCGAGCACGUGAGGUCGGGGUGCGGGGGCCAGCUCCUCCCUGGGCCCCGCUUCGCCCGACUCCGUGGUCACAGACAGGCUCCUGAGUCCCACACUGCUGUCAGCGUUUCUCCUGCACACUAACGACUCUGGACUCACGCGCGAUCGGGAUCUGGGGUGGGGGUAGGAUUUGUCAGUAGAGAUGGUUUCUGGAGGCAGCUCCGUCCCUGUGCUGCCCCAUGGAUUGGCUGGAGCUUGCCCCCACCAGGGAACCGGAUGAGACAGAGGUCCCCCGCUGUCACUGUCUCUUGCUGCUCACGCGGCUUCCCUGGGGGCUGGCGCUAGAAAACACAAGCUACCCCUUUCUCCCCGCACUGUUGCGCGCCCGUCGUGGAAGUAUGUUCUGGAUGCCGAGCGGGGCCACGGCUGGGGCGGUCGGGGUGAGCACGGGGGGCCUGGGUCUUGCUUCCCGCGGCACUGAAGCCCCUGGACGAAGCAGCUGGGGUGGCUGCCCCGGGGCCAGAGGGAGUGGGGGAUGGGGAAGGGGUCCUGGAACCGAAGCCCCCACACGCCGUGGCCUUCAGUCUCCGUAGAAGCAGAUGUCGGUGGAACUGCCAGGCCGUUCAGGCAGAGCCCCGAGGCUCUCGAAGCUGAAGCUCGCAGCUCGCUCCUGCCGUCUCUACCUGGCUCCUUCCCCACCGAGGCAGCAUGUGAUCAAAGAACCAGCCGCCGUGGCAUCCCUUGACCUUUGUCACAGUCUUCAGAGAGCCGCAGCGGCCACCACCCCUCAGAGCCGGGCGGCCGCACGUCACCCUGGCCGGGACGCACAGAUUCCGCGCCAGGUUGUGAGUUCGCCCCGGGUCUGCGCGGCCUCGUUUGUGUCCAGAAUGUCAUAAUAAAUACGUAUGCGUCCCCCACA